AUGGAAGUCCCCUUCGAGUUCCUCCACGGCCGGCCCUGCGCGCCGCCCUGCCUCGCUCGACCGUCUCGGUCUGCAGGCGACAGUGAGGCCUCUUCUGCGUCUCGUUUGGCCUGUGAGCCUUUGCAGAAGUUCUCUCUGGACUUGUGUGCCGCCACAUUUGUCUUGGAUGGCGGUCUGCUUCUGCAGAUCGGCGCGCACGCGGCGAAGCUGCGGAAAUCCCAGGGGGGUCUGUCCCUCUCUGCCUCCGCGCGGCCUCCUAGCCACGCUCUCCUCGCGGAGACACACCGGCGAAACCGCGACGCGUCCUCGCUUCCGCCCUCUGCGGGGACCACGCAGCCUGGCGGCGGUCGUGGAUCCUCACAGAGCGCCAGCUGCCCGCGGGCCUUCGCCUUCGUGGAGUUUUUCUCUGCGACUUCAUCCGCCGCGGAUUCCGGCGACGACGGGCGCGGCGGGAAGGGCGGCGUCUGGGUACAGACGGGCAGCCAUAGCUUCGAUUUGCUUGCGUUUUUGUUCGACUGCGUAGACAUUUUGGGGGAAAAGUCCGCCGCAGCCCAGGGGAUUCGCCAUGCGAUGACGUCGCUUGCCAAGAUUGAGCAGCUGCAGGCCCGAGGCGCGCGGACCGGAGGCCGAGGAAUCGACGACGGCGAGGGGUUCGUCCGGCUGUACGUGCGCCUCAGCCGCGGACGCCUCUGCGGAUUUCUGAAAGUUGGAAAAAAGACGCUCUGGGUCGGAACUGCGACCGGCAUGGAAAAAAUCAAUCCCGUGUCUCUCCUCGAUUUUUACGUCGUGGAGAGUUGCCAGCGCGAAGGCCACGGCGGCGCGUUGUUUGCCUGCAUGCUCGCCAACGAGAGGCUCGCCGCGGCCGCCCUGGCGUACGAUCGCCCGUCGCCCAAGCUUUUUGCGUUCCUCGACAAACACUACGGGCUGAGGAACUACGUGCCGCAGGCAAACAAUUUUGUCGUUUUCGACAGGUACUUUGACCUUGGCACGCACCAGACGUCCGCGACGGACGCGCAGCGAGCGAGAUCCUUUCACGAGACAGGCGCGCGCCGAAACGGCGACCCGAUGCGCGGCAGGAGAGAGACCCAGCCGCGCGAAACCCAGCUAGUCGCUGCAGACGCCCGGAGACCCAUGACGACUUUUCCCUCGGGGUGCCGGCUGGCGAGCGCCCGUCUGUCCUCUCCUCGCAGGGAGAUAGGCGCGGCGUCGCUGCGCAGCGCCGCCGGAGGUCGCAGGCUCGGGGACUUCUCGCCCGUCCUCUCGGCAGCGGAGAGAAGCGACUCGCGGGCGCUUUCCCGCGAGGCGUCCUUCCACCGUGUGCUUCCCUCGCUUCACUCCGCCGCUCCCAAAGCUGCGGAGAGAGACGACCGCCUAGAGGCGCUCGCCGGGCUGCCGUCCGCGGCCUCUUCCGCAGCUCGGUCUCGACAUCUGACGUCGGGCGGCGUCGCAGCCUCGCUGAACCCCCGCACGGAGAGGCCUCCUUCUCGCCUGGCUUUCUCGCGCGGCGCGGAUCGUGGGACCGCCGAGGGACGCGGCGCGAGAGAAGAGGCAGACGACAGCGCGCGGCACUCGCGUCUCUCUUUGACGUCGUUCGAGAGAGGCACCCACGACGCGCGAGGCUGGGACGAGGGGGCUGCGACCGAGAGACAGGGUUCGCGUCUACUCUCCGCCGCGGAGGGCUCGACUGAGCUUCCGCGUCCGGCGGGGGGGGGGUCAGAGAGAUCCUCGUGGGAAGACGCUGGGGGAAGGAAGCAAACCCUGCUGCGGACGCUCCCUGGGCUCGCGGUCCCGAAGGCCUCGCGGCCCGCCUAUCCUGCUUUCCCCGAAAAAAGCUUCUCGGAGUCGCGCUUCGGUGGCGAGAGUUGCCCUGCCUUCCCGAGAGAGCGAGACGAGGAGCGCGGCGCGGUUUUUGCGGGCUCCUAUUCUCAGCCACAGACAGCGCAGCGGACUCAUCAGGAUGAUGUGCAUCGAACAGAGAGCGAGAGGCAGACUGCCCGCGCGCGUCUCUCUUCACUCUGCGCAAGCUCUCAGCAUGCGUCCCGCCUCCCCGCUUUCCAGUCUCCCUCAGGCCCUCCCUCUGCGGCCUCUUCGGUCUCUUCUUCAGCCGGGGCGGCGCCCAUGACGCGAAUCGUGCCGCGAGACGCGGUACGGGGGCGGUCGUCGUACGACGCGCCGCUGGGUGGAGCGAGCAAAUUUGCUCCAUGCGACGCGCAGACAGGUUGGAGUGCCCGCGCAGAAGGGAGUCGAGCCGGCGAGCUCGACUCCGCAGCUCGUCUAGCGGCCGACACCAGCGGGCGAGACGCGAAGCAGACGCGAGCUGCGAGCGGAGGCGCACACCUGCGGAGUCUGCAGGUGGCUUCGGCGCUCGAGGGGUUGUAA